CUGAAUGUUAGCACAUAUCAUCUGUCAAAUAAUGUUAUUUAUCCAAGGGAUAUAUGUGAUUCAAUUAAUAUUGUAGAUAUACAAAGGAGCUUAUGAAUGUCAUCAAGUGCUUCUUUGAUCUACUUUAUUUAAUAUGCUGCUUAUAUAUUUACUUCUUUAUCCUAAUCAUGGCUGUUAUUCAACUUGGUACAACGACAAAGACAUCCACCUUUAUCAUCUUAAUUAGUUUGCUUUCUGUCACUCUUCUUUUAACGUUCCUUAUCGUUUAUAAAAAACGUCAUUUGUUUGGAUUACAACGAGAUAAUCAGCUUUGGAACUUUAUCAUCAUUGACAGUCCAGAACAUAUGUCUCGAUUAAAAGAAAAGACUUCCAGCUUUCUAUCAUUUACCACUCGUCAACGUCAGAAGAAUUCACUUUGCAGUAUGACAUCUACUUUAAAUCAUGAUGAGGUUAUCAUGAAAUACAGCUCUUUAAUAUCAUUAUCUUCUUCUUCUUCUGUGAUCUCUUUACCACCGCCUACCUAUCAUCAUCACUAUUAUUAUUCAACAAGCAAUCUAAAUCGCUCAUUUUCUUCUUUAUCUUCCUUUUAAAUCUAAUUAUUGUAAGACUAAAAUAAAAUAAAGAAAAUACCAGGUAAUCACUUAUUAUCGUAGUUAUCUUUAUCCUCCUAGAGAAUGUUAUGCUGCUUGUAGUCAAUCAUUUUUUGUUUUUGACAACAAUUGUUAAGAGGUAAACUUGAUACAACUUGAUGAUGAAGCUGUUGUCAUUCAAAAGCCUGUUACAACUAUUUAUGUCACUUUAAAGCAAUUAAUAAGUGGUGAUCUAGACUCUUUACAAUCAUCCCCAAGAACAUUAACAGAUGUCAUGCAAUAUAUUGACAAAUGUAACGAAAGACAUAAUUUACUCAUGUCACAAAUAACUGCUACAAGAAUCAAUUGUCAUCGUAUAUUUUACUCUU